AUCAAUCAUGUCGACAAUUUACCCAACUUUACCUCGUUUGUCAGUGAAAGAAAGCUUCGAUGAUGAUGAGCUGACAGAUAUUGACGACGAAGUGUUUAUAAGAGACGGAAAAACAGGUGGUGGAUUCAAAUCACAAGAUGAAGGUGUCAAAAGACCGCUGAUGGCACCAAGGAAGAAGCCUAAAACCAGUUUUGAGAGUCAAAAAUUACCAUUGCGAGCUCUAUUACUGCCACUAUGUUACGGCAUUAUGGCUUUGGUUCUUUUACUAGGACUGAUAAUGCUCUGCGUUGUUACAGUUAACAUUUUUCCGGUACCAUUUACGAUGAUAAAAAAUUUAUUUCCACCCAAAGAAAACACUGGGCUCAAUUCAACUGAUGAAGUUCUUCCUUGCACAUCGUUGUCUUCGAGCAUCAUCUGGGUGAGGACGUUGCCGAAACUGACAUCAGAAGCACCCUUAAGAAGUGUUGAUGUCGAUGGUGACGGUGUCGAGGACAUAAUCGUCGGCUUCAGCACAGGCUUGGAUACUCUUGAUGCACCAGAAUUCCUUUGCAAUCUUUAUUUCAAGGGCCAGACUCCAUGUCUGGGAGGCGUAAAAGCUCUGGAUGGCAGAACAGGCGAAACAAUGUGGACUCACUGGACCGAACACGCGAUAUUUUCAAUAGAUUGUGCGUUUGAUAUAACUGACGACAAAACUAAAGACUGCAUAAUAACAGGACGUGGUGGAAUUCUCCACGCCGUUGACGGGCAAGACGGGGCUGCUAUUUGGGAAGUCUCGAACAAAGAAUUCCCUGCCAGUGUCAUGGAACCGGAAAUAAUACUAAAUGUUUAUGAUGCACGUUAUAUGACGGAUAUCGAUGGUGAUGGUAUUGUUGAUGUAAUUGUCGCACACACUACUCAAACAGGUACCUUACGCUCCAGUGAAAUCAUCAUGCUUUCUGGAAAAACUGGUACUGUCAUAAAAACAAUAGACUUUUCAAAAAAUGAACAAUUAUUUAUUGCGCCCCAGACUUUAGUACAUCCGGAUGGUGAAGUUAUGUACUUGUUAGCUGCUUCUACACCAGAGCAGUCAGGUGGACUUUACAUUGUCUCACAUUCUAAUUUAUUGUAUGGAAAAAUGAAUUUGAAAACAUUGCAGUAUGGAAAAGGCAAAGGAGUAUUAUUAGCACCAAUAUUAGUUGACAUAACAUUAGACGGUACUGCUGACAUAAUUGUAUCGUCUCUGGAUUCAAAAGUACGAGCAUACAAUGGUCGUACUUUUGAAUUAAUUUGGAACUACACAGUACCUGAUUCUGAAAUUAUAAGUAUACCAAUUCCCGGUUACUACAACGAUGAUGAAGUUCCUGAUAUAAUGAUAAAACAUCAAGUUGGGCCUGGUUUCCCAGUUUAUUAUUACUCAGUCUCGACAAUUUUGGAUGGAAAAACUGGCAAACCGCUCCUGGAACAACCUAUUAAAGAUAGCGGCAAUGGACAAAUGUCUGGCUUAUCGUUAUCCGUCGAUGGCCCUGGUAAUGACUGGUUUUUGUACUGGUCAGCAAACUGCGUAGACCACAAUAAUGUCGAUGAGAAAUAUCGGUUCCUCAAGGGACAAACACUGUUAUCACAAAGCCGGGCUAAUUUAUGCAAAUUGCGAUUUAACACAACAUUAAAUACACGGCUGUUGGCGAUGAGCCAACACAUAGGUCCUCCCGGUCAGUCGUUGUAUUUUUCCGAGGACUGGAAAUCUGUUGAAUUAAAUAAUUCUAUCGAUGCAAGGCAUGAAACAGAGGAGUAUCUCAAUAAUUUACCUUCGCAAAUGGAGAUGAAUAACGCCAUGGAAAAUGGACCUAUGGUUUCACAGCGUUCUGCUAAACCUAGAGUAAAUACACAAGAAAGAAUUGAAGAUGAGAGAAUAAUUAAUAAUUAUCCGAAUAUGGAAAGUAAUCUCGAAGGUAAAGGACCCAAUGAAAUAAAUUAUCUAGUGAAUAACAACAAUGAUGAUAAUAGUAAUAAUAAUAACAAUAAUAAUAAUAAUAAUAAUAAUAAUAAUAAUAAUAAUAAUAAUAAUGAGAAAGAAAUAAUUGAAAAUUAUCCAGCGUACAAUGAUUUGUCAGAAUACAAGACAAAAGUAUCUAAUGACUUCCCGGGGGAAAUGGAGUGGAGUAAUUCUAACAAUAACGACUGGAAUAAUUUACCAAUGGAGAUGCGAUAUGAACGCAAUGACCCGAAUUCUCAGCAAUCAAAGCGACGACGUAAACGUAAUAAUAAAAUUGCUGAUUCUGCAAGAAGAAAACGUAACAUUAAUAUUAAUGUCAAUAAUAAUAAUAAUAAUAAUAAUAAUAAUAAUGAAAAUAAAAACUAUGAAGGUAUUGAUCAAAGCAUACAAAGACAACCACCAACAGGAUUACUUUUGCCGUCUUUGAUUAAAAAUCCGAAGACUACGUCGAUAGAUCUUGUGUUCUCAACAUAUUGGUUACCACCGUCAGAAGUCUCUCUUGUUUUACUUCAGCAAGACCUCGAGUGUAUCCAUCUAAAAGAAGAGUCAGCUAGGCGUAAAUUAGAACCAUAUGAACGGGAAAAUAUUAUCGCUGAUUGUUUAUCCAACAGGGGAGUUAACUAUAAACUAUACCGCGAAGGCUUAGAUCGUGAAAAUGUUAAAUUUGCUCUCGGGCAAAUGACAAUUUAUAGAAUGAAGCUCGAAUGCGUUUGCCCGGAAGAUUUAUUACCUGGACAGAGAUGUAAUAAUAUUUCUAAGACACAAAGUUGGCCUGCACAUUUAGGUCGCAAUGGCGAUGGAUAUUUUCGGCCGUUUGUUAAACCUAACACG